AUGUCCUCAUUCAAGGUGCGCCUACGUGUGCCGGGACCGCGAAUCGCGGGGGACGGGGAGCGAUCCGAGGCGGGUGAGCCGGUGCCGGGUGCGCCCCAAGAGUCCGACGCCCCGGCGACGCCCGCAAGUGGUACAGAGUACUCCUCGUCUCCCCCGGAGAAGAGCGCAAAAAAACUUGCAAAGCCACGCAAGACCAGCGGCCCGCCGAGCACCAUCUCUUCCGUCGCUGCAAACCUGUCACUGGAGGAGAUCGAUGCGUUGCCGAGCGCCAAGCGGCGCAAGAGCCUCAAGACCCGCGGCGCGCCAGGGCCGGGCCGCGGCUGGCGCAAAGGCCUCUCGAAAGGGCAGAAGCCCGUGUACCGCUUGCCGGGCGAUGUAUCCACCGCAGAUCUGCCGCACGAUAGUGAAUUUAUGGCGGUGCAUUCCACCACGCCAGCAUCUUUUGCGCAUAUGGACGUGCCGGGCACGCGGAAGAAAGGCGCGAGCAAAGGGCUGUCGGCAAAGGGUAUGGAGCGCGCGCCGCUGCCGAGCAGCCGCAUGCGCGUCUCGCCAAACUCACCCGACGCCACCUUCAAGUACCCACGCAUCCCCGAUCUCCGGGACCAGAUGCCGCUGCUGCCGCUGCCGCACAUUCCCAACUUUAUACCGCCGCUCACGCCGCUCCAGCGCACGAUUACCAAGCCGCGGCACUGGCGAACAGGCACGCGUGAAAUUCUCAGUUUGGGGGGGCGUGCAUGGCGUGCGCCCACAUGGCUGAGCGAGCCGCGCGCCAAGGACGAGGCGCAGGCAGACGCGCAGGCAGACGCGGACGAGGGGGACGAAGAGGCGUCUCUGCCCUCGUCAGACGCGGAUGCUGUAGAGGCGUGA